AUGCGAACCUCGGUCCUUGCCGUCAUGGCCGCCUGCCUCGCGGUCGCCGUCCAUGGCCUCGGCUCGCUCCCGAUCAUGGAUGGCCGCUACGUCUACUGCUGGCGCACGGGCCAGUCCGUGACACUGACCACGCUGAGCUCAGCCAAGAACGAAGCAACGGCCGAAGCGCUCAACUGCGGCCUGCAGAUGACCUUUACCGCACCGGCAACCAUCUCGGUCGGCCAAGCCGUGCCCGUGACCUGGACGGUCUCGUACGACCCAAAAACGAUCACGACCAACAGCAUUGGCCUCACGCUGCCAUUCCCCGUCAUGCAGAGCCCGGCGUCGCGUGACGUCUACCAGAUUUACCACUCGAACAUCCACUCGUGCGCGUACGCCGACAAUGUCUGCAACGCGUACGACAAUGGCGUCUACGUCCGCGACCACACGUCCAACACGCUCGCCAACUUUAGCGCCAACUACUCGGCCACGUACUCGACAAACGAGCUCUCAUUUCCGCGGGCUGGCUCGUUUAUCAUCUUUGCCCACAUUGCACUUCCGGGCGACACAACGUCGGAACGAUUCGACUUUGCCGUGUACCGCACGAUCACCGUGAGCGACGCUGUGACACCGACGCCGAUCGGCUUGAUCGUUGGCCUCUCUGUCGGUGGCGUGGUGCGUUCCCUCGACUAG